GCAAAACCAAAGAGAAACAUUAAUAUUAAAAGAUUUAAUUUCUGAUAAUUAUGAGUUGCAAUGGUUGUCGAGUUCUUCGAAAAGGUUGCAGUGAGAAUUGCAUCCUCCGUCCAUGUAUUCAAUGGAUCGAAUCACCUGAAGCUCAAGGCCACGCCACCGUCUUCGUGGCUAAGUUCUUUGGCCGUGCCGGUCUCAUGUCUUUCAUCUCCGCCGUACCGGAAUCUCAAUGCCCUGCUUUGUUUCAGUCUUUGCUUUACGAAGCUUGUGGAAGAACUGUGAAUCCGGUGAACGGAGCCGUCGGAUUGUUGUGGACUGGGAACUGGAAUAUUUGUCAAGCGGCGGUUGAGACGGUGCUUCGUGGUGGUUCUUUGAAACCGAUACCGGAGCUUCUAAACGGCGGUGGAUUCGCCGGGUUUCCGUCUCCAACUUCCGACGAAGCUUCCGAGAUUUGUACGGAAAUGUUGAAUCUACGAAAAGAUGAUGAUUCCGGUGACCGUAAUAUUUACCAUCACUGCCGAUUCUCAAGCUCUAGAUCUAGAUCAACGGCUUCUCCACCGAAACGGAAACGUUUAACGUCGGAGCAACCCUCGUCGGAGCUCGAUCUCUCUUUAAUCCCUACUUUUCCGAUUAAAACGGUGCCGUUUAAGGAAGAUACACCGUCGAUGUACUCGGAGGAGUCUGUCACGACGGUUUCGUUUCGAGACAACAGCGGCGGUGAUCGGUACGUACGCGGCGGAGGAGGAGAAACAGCAAAGUUGCUCAACCUUUUCGCUUAAACGGCGUCGUUUUUGUUUUCCGGGUUAAGAGUGUAAUUUCGAGUAACUUUUUGUGCCCUUUUUUGGAUUAAUAUUUUGGGGAAUGUGGCAAAUUACGUGAUUUGUUUCUCUCUUUAAUUAUGAGAAAUUAACCAAAGUAAUAGAGAAGUAUAUUGUAA